CUUCAUGGCAAAAUGUAAUGAAUAACCUCUCCAGCACCAUAAAUGACAUCAGUCCUUAUAAAUCAAUCUGUAGAGAUCAUAUAAUUCUACUUAUUCAUCUAUAUAAAAAAGCCAUCGAGUCCUUCGACAGGUUUUCUACGACUCCACAGUAUAGUUCGGUAUUAACUAUAUAAAUAAUUACAAAGUCACGCUUUUAUCAAAUCAACAUGUCCUCAGUUCUCCCUCACAACAAGGAUCAACCCACAAAGAAAAAGAAUACGGCCAUCGACCCCGUUGAGACCUAUGGAUUCACAGCUGUUCCUUCCUCCGCGGAAACGCUGCUCAAUUCCUCAACGCCCUACCCGGCUCCAUCCUCACCUCCAGCACCUAUAUCCGUCUCAGACAUCCCUAUUCCCAAUACGCCCCUCGCUCAACGCAUCCACGACUAUGCGAAAUCGCAUCUCCCAGAACCGACAUACAACCACUCACUGCGUGUCUACCUGUACGGAAUCGCCAUGAAGCGUUACCGCUUCCCGACCUGGGCAUUUACGGACGAGACAUACUUCCUCAGCUGUCUGCUGCAUGACAUCGGUACGACGGAAGAGAAUCUGCAUAAGACCCAUAUCAGCUUCGAGUUCUACGGUGGUAUCUUGGCUCUCAAUUUACUACAGUCAACUGGAGCAAUCGCGGUUGCGUCGCCCAUGGCAGCUCCGCGUGAGCAGGCUGAGAGUGUUACGGAAGCUAUUAUUCGACAUCAGGAUCUGUGCCAGGAGGGGAAGAUUACAGCGUUAGGGCAAUUAUUGCAGCUGGCCACGAUCUUUGAUAACACAGGCACGCACUCUCAACUAGUCCACAAAGCAACAAUCGAAGAUGUAACCAAACACUACCCGCGUCUGAAGUGGAGCGAUUGCUUCACUGCUGUCAUCCAUCGGGAGAAUAGCCUGAAGCCAUGGGCGCAUACGACCACUUUGGGCGAAGAGGCCUUCCCGGCAAAGGUUCAGGGGAAUAGGCUCAUGGCAGAGUAUGAGUAGGCUUUGCAUCGGAGAUUUUGUCGGGAAGCAAGCGACGAUGCAUCUCCCAUCGUUAUCGGUGGUCUUGUUCUAACUGGCCGAUAAUGAGGGUCAGGACUAUGAAUGCGUGAUGCGAUGACAGUAUCCCAGUCCUAGCUGUAAAUGAAACGAGUAUUACCUCAUAUGAUAUUGCGACAGUUAUUACAAAGGUUGAUACUAAGCGUU